AACCAGCACUCAGUUCCACGGGAGCGACAGUGCAGAUUGGCAAAAAUGGGUCGGAAGCUGCUUGAGUCCAGACUUUGCCUCCUGGUGCUGCUGGGACUUGUCCUAAUGCUUGCCUCAUGCCAGCGACCAACCCCUUCCCAGUGGUUUACCAUCCAGCAUAUCUAUAACAGCACCUACCGCCGAUGUGAUGAUGCAAUGCUGGUCAUUAACAAGAAUAGAACAAGAUGUAAGAACCUUAAUACUUUUCUUCAUACAACUUUUGCUGAUGUUGUCCUUGUGUGUGGCAAUCCAAAUACCACCUGCAAAGACGGGAUAAGUACAAAUUGUCAUGAUAGUUCAUCUCAGGUAAAUAUAACUGUCUGUAACCUCACAAAAAAGGCAAGCAUUUAUACCCAAUGCAGAUACAAAAUGACAGAAUCAGAGAAGAACUACACAGUUGCCUGUAAUAACAGAACUUCACAGGACAGUCCCAUCUACCCAGUGGUUCCUGUUCACUUGGAUAGGACAUUUUAGCUCCAGGGUCAGCACUCUGUACCUUCGCUCAUCUGCUAAUGGCCAAGAUCGUCGUGGUGAAGAACCAAUUCCUCUGUGCUGCAAAUCAGCACCUGUCCUCAUGAAGCCUAUCCCUGACUCCCUUUAAUUUUCCUGAAUAGAUCUCUUCUAAUCAAUAAACACCUUUGCAUACUCAUCUA